AUUACUUUGAUGAUUUCGAAAACAACGAGAAAUAAAGUUUUUAUCAAGAUCUGCAAAUCUCUUUGUUUUGUAAUUAAUUGAGUUUAUUGUAAAGUACACAACUCCGUUAUAUUGACAAACUCUUAGUCAUAUAUUAUUAUAUAUAAGAAUAAGUAAGGAUAUUUCAUUACUGAGAAUGACGAGUUCAAUGAAUGGAUUGCUUAUUUAAAUCCAUAAAUUCUUUUUGAAUAUUUCAAAAAUUGUACUACUAGUGAGAUUUUUAUCUAUAAAAAAUUUUGUGGAGACAUCAAGAGAGAAAAAGAGAGAUUUAUUUAUUUAUUGUAAAAAGUAGAGAUUUGAGUUUGAUCAAUCUUGUAAAAUAUGGCGCAUUACAAAGGAGCAGCAAGCGAAGCUGGUCGAGCUAUGCAGUUAAUGAAGAAGAGAGAAAUUGCUCAGCAAGAAAUAGAACUAAGAAAGAAGAAAAUUGAAGAUGACUUAAAGAUUCAUAAUAUAGAGAAUAAAUUUGCAACCCAUUAUAAUGCCGUUGAACAACAAUUGAAGACUUCCACAAUUGGAUUAGUUACAUUGAAUGAGAUGAAAGCCAAGCAGGAAAAUAUAGUGAAAGAACGUGAAAGAAAACUUGCUCAAAAAGAACGAGAAAAAGAACAGGAAAAGGAAAGAGCAUUAGCGGCAAAACAAGCGGAAAAGAAUAAACAAAAAAGACAGAUUCAAGCUUUAUCAUUUAACUUAGAUGAAGAAGAGGAAGACGAGAUCUCGGAGGAUGACAGUAUAGAAAAAUCUGCAAAAUCGGAAAAUACCCAAUGUAAUGAGUCUGUUAUUAAAAAGAUAAAAAAAAAUCCAGAUGUGGAUACAAGUUUCUUACCAGAUAGAGAAAGGGAAGAGGAAGAAAAUAAACUUAGGGAAGAAUUGAGACAAGAAUGGACUAGAAAACAGAAUGCAUUGAAGGAAGAAGAGAUUGAAAUUACAUUCAGCUAUUGGGAUGGAUCUGGUCAUCGUCGAAGCGUUAUAAUGAAAAAAGGUAAUUCUAUUUAUCAGCUUCUUCAGAGAUGUUUAGAAGUUUUGAGGCGUGAAUUUAGCGAACUUAAGACAGUCAUGGCAGAUCAAUUAAUGUAUGUUAAAGAAGAUCUUAUUUUGCCACAUCAUUACACCUUCUAUGAUUUUAUCGUAACUAAGGCACGAGGGAAAAGUGGGCCUUUAUUCACAUUUGACGUUCACGAUGAUAUUCGAGUUAUGCAUGAUGCUUCUGUUGAAACCGAAGAAUCACAUGCUGGAAAAGUAUUACUUAGAUCAUGGUAUGAGAGAAAUAAACAUAUUUUUCCAGCAAGUAGAUGGGAACCUUUUGACCCAACAAAAAGUUAUGACAAAUAUACAGUAUCGGAUAAAAAUAAAAAGAAAGAUAAAAUUUGAUAAGCUUUGUUUCAACGAAUUGUUUAACACAAAACGAGAAUAAUAUUUGUCAUAUUCUGUUAAAUUUAAGAUUCUGAAUAUUCAAAUGAGUACACAAAUGAGUAUAUAAUUUAAAAUUUUGCUGAGAUGAAUAUCUUUCUUUUAUUAG